GUGAUGUCCUAACCUGUUUGCUUUUCCAGAGCUGAUGUUCGCAGGGGUUUACUUAGAACCAGAACAGAAAUCAUCCCACGUCCUUAUGCAACUCCUCCAGCAGGCUCCGUCAGAUAAAUAAAGCCCUCGGCCCUCCACCGGCCUACUUUUUGGAGCAGAGCACCUGGGUUGGUUCCUGAAGCUUCCAGCCAUCCACCCAGCUGCUAGGGCCUCUCUGGAGCAGCCAUGAGGUCCCUCGCCCUGCUCCUUUGCCUCGCUCAGCUCUGGGGCUGCCGUUCUGUCCCAGUGGGGCCAACUCUGGCUUAUGACGAACCGAACUGUGAUGACCCAGAAACAGAGCAAGCAGCCCUGGCGGCCGUGGACUACAUCAAUAGCCACGUGCUUCGAGGCUACAAGCACACCUUGAACCAGAUUGACAAAGUCAAAGUGUGGCUUCAGCAGCCAGGGGGACAGGUGUUUGAGCUUGAAAUAGACACGCUGGAAACCACCUGCCAUGUACUGGACCCCACCCCCCUGGCCAACUGCACCGUGAGGCAGCUGGUGGAGCAUGCUGUGGAAGGGGACUGUGAUUUCCGGCUGCUGAAACAGGAUGGCCAGUUUUCCGUGGUGUUUUCCAAAUGCGAUUCCAGUCCAGACUCAGCGGAGGACGUGCGCAAGGUGUGCCCAGACUGCCCCCUGCUGGCCCCGCUUAACGACACCAAGGUAGUGCACGCCGUGGACGUUGCGCUGACCGCCUUCAACGCUCAGAGUAAUGGCUCUUAUUUUCAGCUGGUGGAAGUCUCUCGGGCUCAGCUUGUGCCUCUUCCACCUUCUACGUAUGUGGAGUUUGCCGUGGCUGCCACGGACUGCGCUGCUCAAGAGGCCACCGAUCCCGCCCAGUGCAACCUGCUGGCAGAGAAGCAAUAUGGCUUCUGUAAGGCUACACUCACUGAGAAGGUUGGUGGGGAAGAUGUGGCCGUGACCUGCACCGUGUUCCAACCACAGUCUUUGCUCCCGCAGCCCCAGCCAGAUGGCCCCGAUGCAGUGGCCCUCGCCCCCGUGGCAGACCCAGUGGCGCCUGCGCCUUCCCCAGCUGACCUGCCGGCAGCCGCCCUGGUGGUGGGACCCAUGGUGGUGGCAGUUCCCGAGGCGCUUCUGCCAGGGCACCGCACACACUACGACCUGCGCCAUGCCUUCAUGGGGGUGGGCUCCGUGGAGUCUGCCUCAGGAGAAACAUUCCAUGUGGGGAAAGCCCCCAAGGUGGUGCAGCCUGGUAUUGUUGCUGGUCCUGGUCCAGUGGUCCGUCCUUGCCCAGGGAGAAUCAGAUACUUCAAGGUGUAGAUGUAGGUCAGAGAUGAGAAGGUUUGGCCCAGGAACGUAGAUAGCCACCAUUUUCUCCAAGUCUGGGUAUGGGAGGGGGUCUUGUUUGCUAUCAAAGCAGGUGCUAUACACGUCUAGAUUAAUAUCAAGUCUUCAAUCCCAACUUCCCUUCAUUCCUCAGGGGAUGGAAGCAGAGGGGCAAUGUUAGGUCUCAUGGAAGGUAUAAGGCUGGCAACUUGAUGGUCAUUGUUUUGAUGCUAAGUCACCACCAUCGUGUUCUCGGCCUUCUUUGACCUCACAAAAACAACUGGAACCGGGACUUUGAGAGGUGCUCUUGCCAACCUCAUAUUUUCUUCUUAAUAAAAGCGACUGAAGGACCUUCCUUAGUAAAGAAGGUUCUAAGCUGAAA